UGCGCAAUUCCACUGCACUGCACGAGCGCGGGCUGUCACUGACGAUGACCGCGAAAGCAGAGCUUCCGGGCUGGCCAGAGUACCCCGAGGACUUCUCCCUGCUGCAGCAGAAAAAUCUGGCCCACACCAGCUCCAAAACGUGGAUUUCCUCCAAUUCGGUCCGCGGCUUUUCGCGCAGGGAAGCGCACGACGCCGCAGAGGCUGGGAUUUCACUGGAGAAACUCGGGUCGGUGGGUAGACUCCACGGGUGCGCGUCCGCAGAGACGGGUCACGCGAGGGCAUCCGAUGGAGACAAGGGGAGCGGCCUGGGGCCUCAGAGACACCGGCGCGUCGCAGCCAACGCCAGGGAGCGCAGGCGGAUGCACGGUCUGAACAAAGCCUUUGACGAGCUCAGGAGCGUCAUUCCGUCGCUGGAAAACGAGAAGAAGUUGUCUAAGUACGACACCCUGCAGAUGGCGCAGAUUUACAUCACUGAGCUGUCUGAGCUGCUGGCCGGCGUGGUUCAGCAGGAGUCCAGAGGCCCUCGCUCGGGGUCAGAGAAGACGCCCAGGAGGAACUUGAUUCACUCGAUCCGGCCGGACGCGGCCGCGCAGCCGGCCGUCCUGCUGGCCGGAGAGGAGCAGCAGCAACAGCAGCAGCAGCAGCAGCAGAGAGACCAAUCCAUCAACCGCCUGAUCAUCCUGGGACCUUCAUCUGUGAUGGAGUCCAACACGUCGGAAGCGUCCUCCAGCAGUGACGGAGAAUCCUCGAAUCUCAGCGACACGGAGGACAGUCAGAGUGGGAGACAGUGACAGACAGAGAAGCAGUUCAUCUCUAAGUGGUUCAGUGCGGCAGAGCUGCAGUUUCCUCCGCGCCGUCUCCAAUAGAUGAGAUGCUGCACUGCUGGAUUUCAAAAGUGAAGAGAAGUCAUUCAUUUCUCAGAGAUCCCGACUUGGUUUCCUCUCGAUGAACUAAGAGAGGCCUUCAUCUGCACUUUAAGGUCCUGAACAAUAACCUGUGGCAUUUUCCAGAGUCUGUGGUUGGAGCCCAGCUUUUAAUUUUGAAAUAAAUCAAGUAUUUUUCUAUUUAAGAGUAGCUAAUCUGUAUUUUCUGAGAGAGUUUUUGUUUUUUUGU